CGGGCGGCAUGGUGAGUGGCGUGGCCGUGGCAGUGACAAUGACGCCCUUCGAUGUGAUCAGCACCCGUCUCUACAACCAGCCGGUGGACGCCGACGGCACGCUGGAGCUCAGUUCCUCCAUCCGGGGCUCCAGCUGCCCUCACUUGCCCCGGCAAUGAUUUACUAGCCAGGGAGGCCGCUCCCUGCUGCUGCCCCACGGACUUUGGAGCCGGGGCCUGGCUAUGCCGCGGCUCCUCUCCACUGAAAAUGUUUUCUCUGGGGUCCUGGCUGCCGGCGUUGCCCGGGCUGGCGUGGGGCUGGGCGCUGCUGGAUGCCCUCCUGCAAGGGUUGGUGGGUGCCUGCGCCGUCUCGGUGCUCUGCAGCCUCCUGAAGGUUUAUCUCUACAUCCAGUGCCUGAAUGACCCGGAGAGGCAGGAGGAGAAGGAAGCGAUCCGGGCGCAGCGGCGGGUGCUGGACCCGCUGCACGUGGUGGUGCUGACGGGUGUGUUGGCGCUGGUGGGCUCCCGUGUGGCCGCGCUGGUGGUGCUGGAGUUCUCCCUGCGUGCCGCAUCCACCGUCCUCUCCCUCAGCAAGGGCGCCCACAGCAGCCAGCUCUACCUGCUGUGCCAGUACUCGCUGGGCUGCGGGGUGUCCUGCGGCCUCAGCUUCUUGCUGGAAGGGGCUCCUCAUGGAACCUGCAACCUGGUGCUGGCGGCGGGGCUGGCGGGGCUGCUGGCUGCCUACGCCCGGCGCCUGGCUCAUCACGUCUGCACCCUCUACGAGCUGCACAGCCGAGCACGUUACUGCGGCGUCUGCAUCCUCCUCCUCGCCGCCGGUCACGGCAUCCCCCGGCUGCUCCGGAAUGCUUUGGCCAUCACCUUUGCCGUGGCCGAUCUGGCAGCCGUGGCGCUCAUCAACCGGGAUUUCCUCUCCACGGCAGAGGCCGUCCGCUUCUGGACACCGCUCACCAUCUGCUACACGCUGCUGGUCAUCUACAUGCAAGAGGAGUCGCGGCAGAGCGCCAGCGGGCAGCUGGUUUACCAGACGGUGCUGGUACGGAUGGGCGGCCUCUUCAUCCUCCUCCUCACUGUUGGCCGUUGGACUGACAUCCUCCACGUCUUCAUCUCGCUGCUGGGAGAGCUCUGGUGCCUGCUCCACGCCGGCGUCAUGCUGGAGGUGUGUCGGCGGCAGGAUUUCACCCAGCAGCCUCGGCCAGGCAGGCGGUUGGCAUCGGGAUCGGAGGAGACAUCUUGAUAAGCCGUGGGGUGUAACCGGGCAUCAGAAACUCAGGGUGGCUUUGCCUGGCUCCCCAAAAUACAGGUGCCCUCCAGAUCCUCCUCAUCGCAGAUCCCCCAUGGGGAUGAAGGAAAAAGGGGUCCCAGAAGGUGCUCGACCCCAUCCCAUGGCAUGGGGGAGGUUGGGGGGAGGCUCACGCGGCUCCUGGUUUUUGGGGGGACCCCAUAACAUUGUGGCACUGCUGGGGGUUUGCUCCCUAGUCCUGUCGGGGACACAGAAUGCUGACAGAUGUCCCCGUCCUCCGUGGCUGCAGGGCCACACUGUUACAGUGCAGGAGCCUCUGGGGUCUUGUAAAUCUUGGAAAAUAAAGGUUUUUUUCCAGCAAAGUCUGUGGG